CACGCCCCUCUCAAACCUCCGCGCUCCCGCCCAGCUAGGGUUUCCCCGAUCUCCCCUCCUUCUCAACCGCCGCCGUCGCCGAGAGCGCCGCCACGAUGUUGGAGCUGCGGCUUGUGCAGGGGAGCCUCCUCAAGAAGGUCCUGGAGGCGAUCCGCGAGCUGGUCAACGACGCCAACUUCGACUGCUCCGGCACCGGGUUCUCGCUGCAGGCCAUGGACUCGAGCCACGUCGCCCUCGUCGCGCUGCUCCUACGCGCCGAGGGGUUCGAGCACUACCGCUGCGACCGCAACCUCUCCAUGGGCAUGAACCUCAACAACAUGGCCAAGAUGCUCCGGUGCGCCGGUAACGACGACAUCAUCACCAUAAAGGCCGAUGACGGUUCCGACACCGUCACCUUCAUGUUCGAGUCGCCCAAGCAAGAUAAGAUUGCGGAUUUCGAGAUGAAACUGAUGGAUAUUGAUAGCGAGCACCUCGGAAUCCCGGAUUCCGAGUACCAGGCCAUCGUCCGCAUGCCUUCUUCUGAGUUUAUGAGGAUCUGCAAGGAUCUUAGCAGCAUCGGAGACACUGUCGUUAUCUCGGUAACCAAGGAGGGCGUGAAGUUCUCCACAUCUGGAGAAAUUGGGAGUGCGAACAUUGUUUGCAGGCAGAACCAAACUAUUGACAAGCCAGAAGAGGCUACCAUUAUAGAGAUGCAAGAGCCGGUUUCCCUGACUUUUGCCCUAAGGUACAUGAACUCGUUCACGAAGGCGUCUUCACUGUCCGAACAAGUCACGAUCAGCCUGUCGUCCGAGCUACCAGUGGUGGUCGAGUAUAAGAUCGCUGAGAUGGGUUACAUUAGAUUUUACCUGGCGCCAAAGAUUGAGGACGAUGAGGAGAUGAAGCCAUGAUUGCCAUCAGUGCUCAUGCUGCCGACUUUUCGUCGUCUUCCAUCCAUGGUUUGCUUAUUAGCUAUUGUUUGCACUCAAAGGGAAAAAAGGAUGUUAUGUUUUAUCUCUUAGGCCAGACUGCUUUAGCUACUUAUUUGUGACUGCUGUGUGUCCAUGGAUUUAUAGUGAAUCUAGAUUAGUGGGCUUGUGCUUUGUGCAUGCCGCUGCUGUCUGCCCAUAAGCUACUUAUUUCUAUUCAGACAUGAAAUUCUUUGUUGGGAA